AUGGAUGACGCGUCGACGCCAUCGCGCGAGCUCGAACGCGUCGCGGUGGAGACGCUCGGGCGAGGACCGAAGGGCGCGCGCGCGCUCGGUGGACGCGACGCCAAGGCGUGGUUGCGCGCGGUCAUCGCGGACGUCGCGACGUGGGCGAUCGAGAGCGCGACGGCGGCGGACGUGGAGGGGUUUGACUUGACGAGGGAAAUCGUGCGCGCGAGCGGGACGCGCGGCGCGGCGCCGACGGCGGAGGCGGCGGUCGCGCGGGCGCAUCGGGAGACGACGGCGCCGUUGUUUCGGGACGCGGCGUUGGGGUUGUUGAAGACGGCGUUUGAUGGGGACGAGGCGAAGGCGCGACGAAGCGAGAGAUUCGCGCGCGCGUGGGCGAUGAGCGAGAACGGCGAGGUGCGGAAAACGCCGAAUGGGUCGAUGAGGGUGACCGAGGACGACGCGGCGGGUGAUUCGAGGAACGCGGCGCUCCGCGCUCGGGUCGCGCGUCACGUCGACGUCGGUCAGGAGCUGUUGGACAUCGAACGCGCGUGUGAGCUCGCGUCGUCGAGUUCCAUGGAUGAGUUUAACGGUGAAGCGUCGGAUUUCGAUGAGGAAUCACUCGCCGAGCGGGAGAUGCGCGCGUCUGGGUUGCGGCUCGUCGGCGCCACGCGAGGCGGCGACGGACGAGCGCUCUUGGUGCUACGAGCGACGGAUGGGAAGGAUAUUCCCGUGAACGCGCUCACGGUGGGUGAUAGGGUGACAAUCUCGGCUGUCGGAUUCGUGUCGGGGUCGUACGACGCGGACGAAGCGACGCAAGAGCGACUCGGCGAUAUCGCCCCGGCGCAGGCGACGGUUCGAUUCAUGGGGGACGCGCUGGGUAAAGAUGCGAUCGGACGAUACGGCGACGCGGGUUCAAUCACGCUCGAGUACGAAGGGGACGAACGGGCGCUCGCGACGUCGCUCUCUGGGCUGGAAGUUUGCCUGUCGCGCGCUCCGGAUGAGACGACGUACGAGCGGCAGCGACGCGCGCUAAACAUCCUCGCCUCCAUACCCGCGGUGAAGCGCUCGAAGCCCGCGUGCGCGCGCAUCGUUCGCACGAUCUUUCACGAGAAUCGCCCAACGCUCUGGCGCGACGCACGUGGUUUCGACGGAGGUGAUGGCGUGCACGUCGAGGCGGUCGCGGCGGAGUCGCUCAGUCGUGUCGAACGACGGAGCGUCACGGGCGUAACGUUCGAUAACUCGCAAAUCUUGGCGCUCAGAGCGGCGUCGACGAAGAAAUAUCCCGUCGUCUGCGUGCAAGGUCCUCCCGGUACCGGUAAGACGGCAGUUGUCAUCGAGAUGAUUGCGCAAGCGUGCGCGAGAGGCGAGCGCGUUCUCGCCUGCGCGCCGAGCAAUCUCGCGGUGGAUAACUUGGUCGAGCGUCUGGACGGUAUCGACGCAGUGCGUGCGGUGAGAUUCGGAGCUCCCGAGCGCAUAAGCGCUGCAGCGCUUUCUUGCUCCAUAGAUGCCAAGGUGGCAGAGGCCACAGAGGCGUACUUCCAAAAGCAACGUGUUGAUUCGAGCGAGACGUCGGCGACACUGCGAGAGUUGAUGGAGAGAUACCAGAAGGCGACAAACGUCCCCAGUGCUGUGAAAGAGAAGCUUCAAGGCGAGAUCGAGGCGACAAAAAGGAAGCUCAAGUCGAUUGUGGGCGGUGGCACGAAGCAUCGGAAAGCGGCGCAGACGAAGAUCGUUCGCGAGGCAAACGUAGUGCUCACGACAAACGCCGGCGCGGGAUUGGAUGCGUUGCAAACGUUACCGCCCUUCGAUCUAGUAGUUAUUGAUGAGGCCGCACAAGCGAGCGAACCGCUGAGUUGGAUUCCGCUCGUUCGUGGGAAGCGAGCCAUCCUGAUCGGCGACCCGUGCCAGCUCGCGCCAGUCAUUCUCUCUCGCGAAGCCAUCGAGGCGGGACUAGCGAGAUCGCUCAUGUCCAGACUAAUGCCCUCGGCCGAGACGCUCCCGCUUAGAGACGACGAGAGCUCUGCGAGAGUGUCAGAUGGGAUCUUAACUCUGACGCUAUCGACGCAGUAUCGUUCGCACGAAGCGAUAAGCUCGUGGUCGAGUAAGGAGGCGUACGCGGGGCGUCUACGCGCCGCUGACUCCGUUCGCGGGGCGCUGCUCCGAGAUUUGCCGGGAGUGCAAGACACUGUGUUGACGCGGACACCCAUGCUCAUGAUUACGACUCGAUCGCCACAAGGUCGCAUACCUUCCGAGUACAGCGAGCGGCGAGUCGGUGGCUCGUACAUCAACGAGGGUGAGGCGAAGACUGCGAUGGCUCACGUGAAGAUGCUACUCAAAGCCGGCGUACGAGCGAAGGAUAUCGUGGUAAUUUCUCCAUACGCGGCGCAGGUCCGUCUGCUUAGGAGCAUGAUCGCGGUAACGUUGGAAGACUUCGCGGACGAUCGGGUGGUUGAUGUGUCAUCAGUGGAUUCGUUCCAAGGGCGCGAGGCGGAGUGCGUCAUCAUUUCCACCGUGCGCUCGAACGGUGCAGGACGAGUCGGCUUCUUGUCCGACAGCAGACGCAUGAACGUCGCGGUGACUCGCGGUAAGCGACAAGUCGCCAUCAUCGGAGACGAUCAAACGAUAAAAAGUGACGACUUCUUGCGGAGACUCGUCCAUCACAUCGAGAGCGCUGGGCUCUUCAUCCCUCAAGCCGAGCUCUUCUCACAGAAAGCCGAGGUAGUCGCCGAGCGAGCAGCGUGA